AAGAGCGCCCUCGCAGGUCGUGGCAGCAAACGGGUUCAGUCGGCAACGCGUCCUCUGUGGGCAGGGCGCGCGCACUCGUCCCGCAGGUGCAACUUGGAACGAGCGUUUCUGUUGGCAGGGCGCGCGCGCGCGCCGGGGAAGGGCGAAAGCGCGCUCACGUUUUCACGGCUGGCCGCACUGUUGACAUUUGUGCGCUGCCGCGCGGAUAUUGUCCACGAGUUCGUUCUUUUGCUCCUUCGCUGCCUGACAAUCCUGGAACUAGAAGGUUUUUUUUUCCUUUUUUUGCACGAUACGCAAACCAGUUAAAGCUGGUCCACGCAGAUGAGAUAAAGCCUCCUGUCGAGGGGGGUGAUGCUGGACAUGAUUAAGAGCGAGAUGGACGGGCGCGAGGCGCGGCGCCAGGCAGCAGCAGGUUCCCGCGCGCGAGCCCGCCACUGAAGCGAAGUAGCGCCGCGCGAGAGCGUCGCUUUGAACCGCGCACAGCCUCGAGGAAGAGCGCGGGAAGAGGCGCUCAUGGAGGGCGCUCCCUGCCAGCCGUCGGUCGAGGUCGGGGGAGACCACUGCUGCCCCGGCGGGAUCCCGGCGGCGGUGGCCGCGGGCGCUGCAGCUGGGGCUGGGGCUGGAGCCGGAGCGGACAGACCCGACGUCGCCAGCCCCAGCCAGCUGCCCAAGCAGCGCUCCCUGCGCGCGGUCUACGUGCUCAACGACGGCCUGAAGGCGGUGGCGGCCAACAGCCCCGAGUCGGGGGCCCUUCAGUGCCUGCAGCGCGCGUGCGACGCCGAGAGCGCCAUUCUCACCACGGUCACGUUCGGGCGCCUGGACUUCGGGGAGACGUCGGUGCUGGACACGUUCUACGACGCAGACAUUGCAGUGGUGGACAUGAGCGACGUGUUCCGGCAGCCCUCCCUCUUCUACCACCUGGGCGUGCGUGAAAGCUUCGACAUGGCCAACAACGUCAUCCUGUACCACGACACAGACCCUGACACGGCUCAGUCUCUCAAGGACAUGGUGACACAGAAGAACACAGCUGGAAGGCCGUGCAGUGUAGGCUUUCCCUGGGUGCAGUUGCCUCCAGAGUACCGUGGCUCUGGCCUGAGGAACAAAGCCUCCAGUGGAAACUACUACUUUAUUCCUUACGUGAUGACGCCGAACCAUGAGUACAUGUGCUGUGAGAACGAUGCGCAGCGGAGGGCUUCUGAAUACAUGCAGCCCAGCUGGGACAGCCUUUUGGGCCCCCUGUGUGUUCCCCUGGUGGACCGUUUCACCAGCCUGCUCAAGGACAUCCAUGUGACCUCUUGUGCCUCCUACAAGGACACACUCCUGAAUGACAUCAGGAAGGCACGGGACAAAUAUCAGGGGGAGGAGCUAGCUAAGGAGCUGUCCCGCAUCAAGCUGCGCAUUGACAACACAGAGGUGUUGACCCAGGACAUCGUUAUGAACCUUCUCUUCUCUUACAGAGACAUCCAGGACUAUGAUGCUAUGGUGAAACUGGUCCAAACCCUGGAAAUGUUGCCCACUUGUGACCUUGCCAACCAGCCCAUGAUUCAGUUCCACUAUGCCUUUGCGCUCAACAGGAGAAAUAGUCCAGGCGACAGGGAGCAGGCUCUGCGUGUGAUGCUGCAGGUGUUGCAGUCAUGUGACCAUCCUGCCCCAGACAUGUUUUGCCUCUGUGGUCGCAUCUACAAAGACAUCUUCCUAGACUCUGACUGCAAGGAUACCAAGAACCGUGACAACGCCAUCCAGUGGUAUCGUAAGGGUUUCGAACUACAGCCCACGCUCUACUCUGGGAUCAACCUCGCUGUGCUGCUCAUCGUAGCCGGCCAGCAGUUUGAGAGUUCCAUUGAGCUGCGCAAGAUUGGUGUGCGGUUGAACAGCCUGCUGGGCCGAAAAGGCAGUUUGGAGAAGAUGAACAACUACUGGGAUGUGGGCCAGUUCUUCACUGUCAGCAUGUUAGCCAAUGACAUCUCCAAAGCGGUGCAGGCGGCCGAGAAGCUCUUCAAGCUGAAGCCCCCCAUCUGGUAUCUACGCUCUGUGGUCCAGAACCUGCAGCUGAUCCAGCGCUUCAAGAAGCAGAACCUGGAACACUCGCCGCAACGGGAGAGGCUCAACUUCUGGAUGGACAUCAUAGUGGAAGCAACACGUGGAGCUACCAAUGGACUUCGAUUCCCAGUUCUGAUCCUGGAACCCACCAAGGUUUACCAGCCCUCAUAUGUGUCUAUCAACAGUGAGGCAGAGGAGAAGAAUGUUUCCAUAUGGCACGUGUCCCCGGCCGAGACGAAGGGGAUUCACGAAUGGAACUUCACUGGCACAUCCAUCAAGGGCAUCAGUAUCUCCAAAUUCGAUGAGCGCUGCUGUUUCCUUUAUGUCCACGACAACUCCGAUGACUUCCAGAUCUACUUCUCCACCGAAGACCAGUGUGGCAGGUUCUGUUCUAUGGUGAAGGAGGUGAUCUCAGACGGUUCAGGCAAUGCUGUGGAGCUUGAGGGUGAAGGGGAAGGAGACACGCUGGAGUACGAGUAUGACUACAAUGAGAAUGGGGACCGCGUAGUGCUCGGGAGGGGCACCUAUGGAGUGGUGUAUGCUGGGAGAGAUUUGAGCAACCAGGUGCGCAUUGCCAUCAAGGAGAUCCCCGAGAGGGACAGCAGGUAUUCGCAGCCCCUUCACGAGGAGAUCGCUUUGCACAAAUAUCUGAAGCACCGCAACAUUGUGCAGUACCUGGGCUCCGUGUCUGAGGACGGCUACAUCAAGAUCUUCAUGGAGCAGGUCCCCGGAGGGAGCCUGUCAGCCCUGCUUCGCUCCAAAUGGGGACCCCUGAAGGAGGCCACCAUCAUCUUCUACACACGGCAGAUCCUCGAAGGGCUACGCUACCUGCAUGAGAACCAGAUUGUGCACCGUGACAUCAAGGGGGAUAAUGUGCUGGUCAACACCUACAGCGGCGUUCUCAAAAUCUCUGACUUUGGCACAUCGAAAAGGCUGGCGGGAGUCAACCCCUGCACAGAGACCUUCACUGGCACACUUCAGUACAUGGCCCCUGAGAUCAUCGACAAAGGUCCCAGGGGUUAUGGGGCCCCAGCUGACAUCUGGUCCCUGGGCUGCACCGUCAUUGAGAUGGCCACAGGGAAGCCCCCCUUCCAUGAGCUGGGUGAGCCCCAGGCAGCCAUGUUCAAGGUGGGCAUGUUUAAGAUCCACCCUGAAAUUCCAGAGGCUUUGUCUGCCGAGGCCAAGUCCUUCAUCCUUCGCUGCUUCGAGCCAGACCCCAACAAGAGGGCAACGGCAGGUGACCUGCUCAAGGACGUGUUUGUGCGCCAGAACAUCAAAGGGAAGAAGAACAAGAUUGCUUUCAAACCUUCAGUGUGGCAAGAUUACCUGCGCAGUGUGUCACUUCCAGUGCAGGCGGAGACCACGGGCAGCAGCAGUAGUGACCAUGGGUCUGUCUCCCCCGAGUGUGAUGCAAAACAUGACGUGUUCUUUGAGAAGAAGAAGCGUUCUGCCUCAGAAAACCUCAUCAAGCCCCCCAGCUCCAACUUUCUCAGUGUCCCUGAUGAGGGCUCUGUCUCAGAGGACCGCAGUGCCCCGCCAUCCCCGGAGGACCGAGACUCAGGUCUUUUCUUGCUGAAGAAGGACAGUGAGCGACGGGCCAUCCUCUACAAAGUCCUAAAUGAGGACCAGGACAAGGUCAUUUCCAACCUCAUGGAGAACCACAUACAGGGAAGUGAGGAACUCAAACUGUCAGUGGACCAUAUCAAGCAGAUCAUCUGCAUCCUACGUGAUUUCAUCCGUUCCCCAGAGCGACGUGUCAUGGCAACAACCAUCUCGAAGCUGAAGCUGGACCUGGACUUUGACAGCACCUCCAUUAACCAGAUACAGCUGGUGCUCUUUGGGUUCCAGGACUCGGUGAACAAGGUCCUGAGGAACCAUCACAUCAAGCCUCACUGGAUGUUUGCAAUGGACAACAUCAUCCGGCGCGCAGUACAGGCAGCUGUCACGAUCCUCAUCCCAGAGCUGCAGACACAUUUUGGCCCUGCCUCAGAGAGCGAGGGAGCGGAGAAGGAUGCAGACGAGGUGGAUGUGGAGGAGGAAGGAGAAUUUGGCGCAGCACAGCCGGCAGCCCCUGAGGAUCCAGGUCUCACUUCAGGUGUGAGCACUCUGAGCUCUGUGCUGUCCCAGGAGUGUCAGCGAGUGCACCCAGGCCACCCGGCGGGGGCACAGCUAGGCCGGCUCAAACAGGAGACAAACCGGCUGCUGGAGGACCUGGUGCAGAAGGAGAAAGAAUACCAGCAAGUGUUGAGACACAGUCUCCAGCAGAGGGUGCAGGACCUGGAGCUCAUGCGAGUCAGGAGUCGCCCUAUCGACAUCCACCCACCCGCCAUAUUCCAUAUCCCUGCUGACCUGGAGCCUGACAAGGAGCUCACUGAUUGGCUGAAGGAGCUGGGGGUGGAUGCCAACACCAUAGAGAAGUUUGUGAUGGAAGACUACACGCUGAACGAUGUCCUCAAUGAAGUCACCAAGGAGGACCUGAGACACCUCCAGCUGCGAGGUGGGGUUUUGUGCCGGAUUUGGAGAGCCGUCCAGAGGCAUCGCGGGAGGGAGCACAGGAGACACCUGAGGGGUGGAGAGACCGCAGACGGAUGACGUGGAUGACCCGCUGACCUGGACAACCCAGCUCCACCAGGGUCCCCUGCAGGAGUGUACACUCCAGCCUGCUACACACGCACACUGGUACAUUCAUUGUUGAAACACGUUCUCACAACUGCACACAUUUAUAGACAUGUGCACACACACUUACACAGCUGCUCAGAAUGGUUCCAUGUCUGCGAGCCUUAAUUCUUAGGUGGACACCACUUAAGAGUCCACGUUGGUCUCCAUUUACUCUCCCCUUAUUUAUCACCAGUCACCUUCUUCCGUCUCUCUGAUUGCUCAGUCAUCCCCCUGGAUCGUCUCUUGUCAUUCCCUCUGAUAAACGACGGCAGACUAAUUCACUUUUGCGUAGUUUUAUACAAGUGCUGUCUGUGCUGCUGAGCUGCUGCGUUCCAGCCUUCACCCCACCGUUUCACGCUGAUGGACCACUGCUCUACACUGCUGCCUUGACUGCCUUCGAGGAAAGUUCGCGUGUCGUUUUGUACCCAAUGUGCUGAGUUGUCGAGUUGUCCUGUGGAAUGGAAGUCUGUGCAUCACGUCGGGUUCACAGACAGCAGACCGCUCGACGCUUCUCGUUGUACUUGAUCCAGCUUCAUGGGCUCACAAACUGGGGAGAGCAGUGCAGCUGAAAGAUGUAGGGGGACAACAGGGCUGAACCCCUGAUCCCCCUCCCUUUGUCUCCCUACCAGGAGUUUCAGAACAAUGAGUAAGAUCUCACAUGUGCUCAGCUAAUAUGUGGAGCACUGCUAUAGCAGGGCUGCCGGCUGCCAACUCAUAUGGGGCUCCACACGGGGAGAAGACUUGGCUUGCGUGCUGGGACUGAGGGUUCGAAGCUAUUCUGUGUGACUCUGAAGUGCACACCACAGCUCAACGAUAAGAUGAACCCCAUGCAAGUUUGUGGGACAUUGAAAGGGUAGCGGAAAGUCAGAGAUGCCCUGGCGCACUGCGACCUUGGAGGAGGCAGCAGGUAAAGCAAGCAGCUCAGUGUAGUGUGCAAACCAAAGAAUACAGUGAUUCGGGAUCUCACCUGUGCCUUUCUUCUGUUUACUGUCUUUUUCUUUUUUUUGGAUAAAACUGUUGCUGUAUGUCUGUUCUGCAGCUUUACGUACUGUUUUACUUAGUUCCUUUUGUUUCUUUUCAGGAAAGCGCAUUAAAUUAUAUCGCACUGUUUAUAUUAUGCUGAUGCUCCCUGUGUGCCUUCAUUUCUUCUUUGUGCUGUGAUGACAUGAAAUGUAUUCUGGGAUCACAAAUGUCAGUGAGAGCAGCAUGAUGACCGCUGAAUGACCACCACACACGGCUUACGCUUUACUGACCUUUCGUUCCCCUCUCAUUUCCACUCAGUAGAGCUGCUAAAGGCACAAAGUAUUGUCAUAUUUACC